AUGAGCAUCGCCCCCGAAUUCGACCAGUCCUAUCGGGUUCAUCUUCUUUCCGAGCUGCAAAAGGAACUCGGAUUCGACGAAACCAUGAUGCCGCGCCUUCCAUGGGCUAUGUUGUGGUUUGCAGACCUAGAUCGUCUGCAGGAGUUGAUUGAUAACCCAGACACCGUUUCCACGCAGUCCAUGUUCCCAUACCCGGAGCCUUUCGAAGAUCUUUUAGCCUUUCCGAGUGACCCGGAGCCACCGUCCACUUCAAUCAAGCAUGAUCACCCCGAUUACGAUAAGCAACCGUCCCCGCUCAAGCGACCAAAGCUUGACGAGGAUAGUAGCCCAGGAAGACUGCCGUCCACAGAGCCUUUAGGCCCCUGUCAAGCUGGGGAAGUUGCAGCGGAUCGGUGCUCUGCGCGGGACCACAAUUGGUGUUUUGUCACCAAGGCAGGACAAGGACAACCAGCCGACCCAAUUUACAUCGCUUAA